AUGUUCACCGUCAAGACGGUGGACCUUCGCCCUGAAAUUGGCGACGCUAUGAAUUCCGAGAUGUUUAUGUGCGAAGUCGAUUAUUUCAUGGCACAUUAUCUUCCCGCAUACGACAAAGAAACUGCUCAGGCAGUAAUCGCCUUCUUGAAAAGCGAAGGUGUUCUCAAGGCCUGCAGCGAUGUUCCCAGUCACUCGGAUGUCAGUCCCGAGCUCAACCUUAACAGCCAACCGGAGACAGUCCCCUAUUCGCACAUCUUUGCCUCGUUUCAUGAACCACGCAAGAUUAAGCAGGUUCAAGAUUCCAGCAUCGCCCAGCUCCGAACCCCACCUAAGACUGACGAAAAGGCCGCGUUCGACCCCCUAGGACGCAUUUGCAACAAGGUUCGCCAGGGCCUUCGAAAUGUCAAGGGGGCCAGACCGAAUAAUUACUGGGUUCGAAUGUGCCCCGACACGCGCCUCCAGUCUGCCUUCAAGCCGUGUAAUCAUCGUAUCGACGCGUGCUUGACUAAAAACAGAUUUAAGAAAGACCCACUGCACAUCACCGACAUCAUCAUCGCAUUCGAAUUCAAACUGUCUAGGCUGCUAGACGAUAUCUUUGGGAACCGACAACAGCUAGCUUCUCACGUCAAUCAUACUAUGAAUGAAGAUCCUCGUCGCAAGUUCAUGUAUGGUAUCACCAUCGAGAACUCGCAAGUCUCCCUGUGGUACUUCUCUCGAUCACAUUCCAUCAAAGCGCGAUCGUUCGAUAUAAUCGAGUACCCCGAAUUAUUCGUUGAAGUGAUGGUGUCAUUCUUCUGCGCCACAGACGAGCAGCUUGGAUUCGACCCAUUGGUUACGUUCGUGCGCGGCCGAGAAUACAUCUAUAAGUUUCCGGCCAACGAGAGCCGGCUUCAACCGGCCUAUUACCUCACUGUUGAACCCAUCUUUGAGUACCGUUCUCUCUGCCUCACAGGACGAUCUACUCUUGAGGGAACAAAAGAGAUGGUCAUGAAAGAGGUCGCGUUAGGCUUGGGAAUGCCCACAGAGGCAGAUAUACAGAAGUCGCUCUUCUCCGAUCUCGAAGCGUUCAGAGAGUCUCCCUGGCGCCAGAGCCCACUUGUUUCAGACCUCAAGGAAGGUCUAGUGGCUCGACUCGGACGUGCUUUGGAAGGCGAUAACUUCAAGAGGUUUUUUUCCUGUGUCGUCGACCACCAUGUUGGAGACUUCAACCGUGCUCUCUGCUCCAAGGCGUGGGCUGCUCCUGACACUUUUCCGACCGCUAAGCCCAAGCAGAAUGGUAUAUACAAGACCGUCCAUGGCCCACCAAUGGCCUUGACACUUGAAGGAACAUUUCCCCCAACUCACCAGUGUUGGCUCUUGUUCGACGAUAUUUGCACCCCUCUUCACGACAUUCCCAAACUGGGGGAAGCCAUGGAAAUCCUCAGCCAGGCUAGUAUGGGUCUUCUACUCAUGUUCUGCGCCGGCUGGGUACAUCGAGAUGUCAGUGCGGGUAAUAUUCUUGCCUUCCGUGCCACACCCGACGAACCAUGGCAAGCCAAGCUUUCCGACCUUGAAUAUGCCAAGAAGUUCCCUCACCAAGGACUCACCGGCGCUGAACCCAAGACAGGAACACCGUUUUAUAUGCCCUGCGAGAUCCAAUGUCAGAAAUACAUGGUCCUGGCAGCUCAACCGGGCAGACUCGAAGGCGGCGCCAAAGUACCUGCAAACAAUCUACGCGGCUUGCCCAUCCUCCACACUUUCCAACAUGAUUUCGAGUCGGCUUGGUGGAUCACCCUCUGGCUUUGUAGUGCCAGAGUCAACCAAGAUGAUCUUCCAAAGAACUUUGCAGGCGAAAUGUUUCUCCAAGACACGAGCGUGAAUCACGGGAAGACUCGCAUGCGCGUUUUGGACGAGUCCCUGGCAGACAAUGAAGAUCUCAUGGACUCACUUCCACCAUCCUUGCAAACGGACGGUGGCUUCCUGGAGAAGCUCGACAUUUUGCGAUCCAACCUCAGCUCCGAAUUUAAGCGACGAAACAUGGCGCGAGCACAUGAUGAUAUUGGCAGCUACUCGUGGAUCAUAGGCAACUUCAUGACUUUCUUCGAUGAAAUUUCGUACUCGCGUGAUCAAUGGAGCUCGAUCAAAUUGUUGGUAGAGAAGGACUUACCAAAGAGAUCAGAGUCCUCCGACGAGGCACGCGAUGAUCUGCCCGUUGAUGUAACUGGCCAAGAGAGAGCUGCAGGAGAACAGCAACAUCAGAACAACGCCAAUGUCCAGGUAAAAAAAGAGAAAGAUGAUCAUGAUCACAGUGCUGCCGUUGCGACCGUCAAUGAACUGGAGAAGAAGAUCACGCGAUCCAGGAAACGUAAAGCGCCGGAGGACAUUAGGGAAGGACAGAAUGAUACUAACCAUGAUGGUGGGGUUGAAGUUCCAGUGCCAUCCAAGAAGGCUCGCGUCAAGGCAAAGUGGAAGAUGCCCACACCUUGCGGUGAGGGUGGACGAGUGACGAGGUCCAUGACGCGUAACUCAGCGGGAGUGGGGGGACCAUCAACAGGGGUUUAA